AUGAAAAUCCUCCUCGACGACGUCGACAUCGACGCGCUUCUUGAUGCGGCGCGCGCCUUCUGCGAGAGCGGCGACUUGGACAUGAGCUGCAUCUCCGUGCACCCGCGCGAGCUCGCAGCACUGCUGCUUCCGCGCACCGAGCGCACCGUCAAUGACUUCCUCGCCGUCGGUCUCGUCACUCGCUACGGCUCGAUGCUCAAGCUGGCGCCAUCGGUGGUGCGUGCAGUCAUCGAGGGCCACGAAAAUCUCGCCGCUGCUUACUCGAUGGGGGCCACGCUGUCCAAUAACGACCCGCAGCGGCAGGCCCCUCCAUCGCCUCGUGUUCCGGCCGACAAGGUCGCGCGGGCCGGGACGCCCUCCAUCACCGCGUGGUCGAUCGAGCAGGUCCACUACGCGGGCACGGCCUCCCCCCCCUCGGCCGACGAGCGCAUCAUCGGGCUCGCUCGCUCAGAGCCCUCCAUCGCCCAGCUCAUGCGAGCGCCACCGCUGCCGCGGCCGGCGGUGCCGAUGCAGGUCGAGGAGAAACCAAGCGCGAUCAAGCCGACAGAAGACGAGUUCAAGCAAGUCCACGAGGAGAUGGUCUCGCUUUCAGCAAGUGCCGUCGCUCCGCAGCCACACGCCAAGGAAGCGCUGCAGCAGCUCGACGACACUGGGUCGCUGUCCCGCCCUCUGCUUCAGCCGGACCCCCCAUCGCCUCCCCUGCCAGCCGAGCGGGCCGCGCAAGACAAGCGAGAUGAGGAGGCGGCUGUGGAGGCUGCGGCGGAGGCGGAGCGGGUACGGCAGGAAGAAGCGGCGCGGCGCAAGGCAGCGGGGGAGGCUGCUGCGGCAGCGGAGGCGGAGGCGGAGGCGGAGGCGGCGGCAGAGGCGGCGGAAGAGGCGGCGGAAGAGGCAGAGGCAGAGGCAGAGGCUGUGGAGAAGGAGGCUGAGGCAGCCGAGGCUGUGGUGGCGCGGCAAGCUGAGGCAGCCCACGUGGAGGAGGCGUCGCUCUCGAAGGAGGCUCCGUCCGUUGUCGCGCCUGCGGCACAGCCGCCCGUCCUUGUCGACGGCCCCCCGUUUGCGGCGAGCGCGACGAUCCGGCCGCAGCCCAUCACGAAGGCUGUGAAACACGCGCUGCAGCAGUCGGUGGACGUCACGGCGUCACCCUUCUACUCUUUGCCGGUGCCGCCGCAGUUGCCCGUGCCGGAGGCCGCGGCGGCGGCCACUUUCGUGGACGUGGUGACGACCGAUCCGACUGCGGCUGCGGCUGCGGCCGCCGCCGCCGAGGCAGAUGCGACUCGCGAGGCUGCCGAGCAGGCGCCGGAGAGUGCUGCGGAAGCGGCGGCGCCGCCGCCAGGAGAGGAAGACGGCGGCGGAGAGGCUGACGCGAGCUUUGGCAUGCCCGAGGAGAGCAAGUCGCUUGAGCUCUUUCUCGCGUACCCCGCGGAACUUGCGCCGGAUGCGGCCGCCGCGGCUGCGCAGGAGCCUACUCCCGUCGAGCCUGCAGAGCCUGUGGCUGCGAUUGAUACGGCGGCCGCUCGCCCAGCUCUCUCCGCCGAGACGCUGCUCGUCGACAUGGACGAGGUGGCGUCGCCGUCCUCGGGCCCGUUGAGUGCCGCUGUCGUGGAGGGCGCUGGCAACCCCAACGAUCCAAGCAGCUGCAAGUCGGGCACCCAGGCGUCGCUGGAUGCGGGUGGGGGCGAUGAGGCCACCUCCGAGCGCGCUCGCAAGGACCCGGUCGGGUCGCCCACGGUUGUGGAGGCGAAGGCGCUGUGUGCCAACAAGCGCAAGGCAGACGCCGAGGCCGCCGCCGAGGAGCGGUCGCCGGCUAAGUUGCCCAAGAGCGACGAGCCUUCGCUCCGGCUGGCGCGCUGCUUCUCCACGCAGCCCUCUAUAGCGCCGGUCGACAACUCCGUCACGCCUGCCGAGAUCCGCGCCUCUGCCGACCGGAUGCUCGACUAUUACUGCGCGUUGCAGCGCCCCGACGGCGGCCUCGACGGUCUCGACGACGCCUGUCACUACUGCAAGCUUCCCAACGCGCUCGUCUGGGGCGGACGACCCGCUCAGGCGGACGCGAUGCUCGACUUCUGCGUGAGCCGCUUCCUCCGGCCAAAUGGCGACUUCACAAACGAGCCGGCUCCAAGCCAUUACGCGCCUGCUCAAAAGUCGCUCCACUGGGAGUUCAACGACUUUUACGCGUACUUGAACCAGUGGUGGAUCACCGCCGGCGUGCGCCUCUCGCGCAACGACUUUGUGGGCCGAGCCUUCGAGUACGUCGACCGUCACUGGUAUAAUGCGGCGACGCACGCGGGCAUCCUGCAGGAGCCGCUCGACAUGCGGUACGAGAACUGCAUCUUCACGUUAGGCUUCACGAUGCUGCACGUGGGCGAGCACGAGCGUGACACGAUCGUCAAGAUGGUGGCCAAGCAGCCGCACAUGCACUCUCCGGCGCUGACGUACUACAACCGCUUCGACGACAACUUCGCGCUCCUCACUUCCUUCUCGCCCGACGACCCCGGCGCCGAGCCCGCCGCGCAGGGGCUUGCCAGCGCGGAGGACGGGCGGGUGCUGCACUGGGGAUGGGAGCGCGGCACGCCGUAUGGCGAGGCGCAGGUGGUCGACCAGACUUGCGAGAUCGCGUACUGGUUCUACGUCGUCGCACGGCAGAUGGAGAAGGCGCAGGCGGGCGGGAGGUACUCGUGA